AGUCUAAAUCUUAUUACACGUCAUAUGUUUCCGUUUCCCAUUCUUGAUUUACUUGUAGAUUUUAUACUGUUUUCGUAGGAACAAAUACUUUUUGCAAACCAACAACCCACCAUGAAUGGACAAUACAGUUUAAGGAGUCCAGCUGUUAAACGAUUGAUGAAAGAAGCGGAGGAGCUUAGCGAAUCAACCGAUCAGUAUCACGCUCAACCGUUAGACGAUAAUCUUUUCGAGUGGCACUUUACAAUUCGGGGUCCAGCUGACUCAGAAUUUGAGGGUGGACUUUACCAUGGAAGAAUAAUUUUACCAACAGAAUAUCCUAUGAAACCGCCAAGUAUUUUUUUUGUCACACCAAAUGGUCGAUUCGAAGUGCAUAAAAAAAUCUGUCUAAGCAUAUCCGGUUAUCAUCCUGAAACUUGGCAACCAUCUUGGUCAAUUCGAACUGCUUUACUGGCUAUUAUUGGAUUUAUGCCAACGCAUGGAAGAGGAGCUAUUGGAUCAUUAGAAUAUCCUAAGGAGCAGAGGAAAAAAUUGGCAAAAAAAUCUAAAGAUUUAAAAUGUUCUGAAUGUGGAGUUGUUACUACAAUUUUGAAAGAAGAGACUGCAGAAUCAAAGGCAGCAGGAAAUGCCGAAGCCAAAAAGUUAGCAGCUCAAAUUGAUAUGCAGGGUGAAAAAACGAAGGCCAUAUCGAGAAAUAAUUCAGAAUCCACACCACUUUCAGGAACAUCGAAUAAUGCUUCUGAAACAAGUACUAAAACUGAUGAAAGUAAUUCUCCUGCAAGAAAUGAUGAAGCAGAGCUUAACAGAGAUAGCAACGAACCAAGAGUAAAAUUGGAUAGAGAGACUGAAGAUGAUGAGCAAACGCAGGAUGAUGAUAGUGUUUUAGCACCUUCUGAUCACGUUGGUGUUAGAGGUCCUAGGAGAAGUGAAAGCCGGAUGUUUGUCACAGCUUUGAUUAUCCUGGGAGCCACAAUUGUAAUACUAAUGUUACGAAGAGUAUAUUUAAUGUUUAACACUUUCCCAAUGAAGGAUCGUUAUGAAUUUUGA